UUACUGUCAACUGUCAGUGUGUCAACAAUCGACUAUAAAUUGAUUAUUUAUUAUUUUUGAAACUCUAUUUAUUUUUUUGCAAAUGAAUUCUUAAACCUAAGUGUAGGCGACAAUGAUUCCCUUAUAUGUCAAUAAAGGCGUCGCUUAUGUUUGGAAUGCUGAUGAUUGGCAUACUCUACGAACUACUCAUCGAAUAUGUGGUGCUCUAAUAGGAUCACUUCCCCCGUUUCCUCGCCAGAAUGAUUUUCAAGGCUUACCAAUGGCUUUAAUGUCAGUGGAGGCUGCGUUUUUAGUUGAAAAAGGUAUCUGUGAGCUAAUAGAAUUGCCUAACAUCAAUGAUGAACUAUCUCCAGCACAGAAGCAACAGAUAAAAAAAAUGGAAGAGGGAAUAUUUAAAGAUCAGAGCAAAGCCAUGCAUAAGAAAAGAGUAGAUCAGAUGUCACAGAAGAUUGAUAUAAUUGUUGCUGGCAAAGUACAGAAACUAAAGGCCAAAGGAAAAACUGAUCUUGAAAUUGACAAAGAAGCUUUAUUAAAGGAGGAAAUAAGUAAAUUACCGAUUUUGUCACCUAAUUAUGCCUUGGUACAUUUACCAACUGAACAUUACAUAGAUACGGUGAAAAGAAAAGUGCAAAUAAAUAUUCUACAACCAAGUAUUUUGGACCAAGUAGGAUCUAUUCACUAUGCAAUAUAUAAAGACUUAUGGGAGAAGGGGCAUUACAUCACUAAUGGUUUAAAUUUUGGAUCAGAGUUUCUUGUUUAUCCUGGAGAUCCAGUGAAAUUUCAUGCAUCUUACAUGGUGCGAUGUAUCAACAAUUCCAAACAAUGUUUUCAACCGCCAAGUUUGGUUGCAUUCGGUAGACUGUCAGUGGCAGUUAAUAAAAUGGCUGUACUUGCCUAUUGUAGUGAUUACGGUAAAGUUGAAUACCAAACGCUACAGUGGCAUGACAGCAUUAAUGGUUAAGCUAUUUGUCUGUGUUAUAUUAUGAAUGUGUAUUGUUUGUGAGCUCUAAAUGUGCAUGUAUGUAUAAGAAUAUUGUAUUAUUUGAA